CGACAAAUGACGUUUUCCGGUUUACUUCCGGUAUUGGUUCUAGCUACGUUCAGUAAUAUAAUACAAGAACAGGAGGAAGCAUUUUCUGUGUUUUUAAUUUUAUUUUUUCUUAAUUUUGCAAAGUUCUUUUCACAUUUAAUUGCUGGUGUAUCGUAUGUGAUAACCUCAUAUUUAAUGAAGGGGCAGAAUGGACGGUCGCUGUUAUUGCUGCGCAUCCAAGUUUAGUCUUUUCAAAAAAGAGCUGGGCUGUAAAAACUGCGGGCGAUCUUUUUGCCCCAGCUGUUUGGCUUUUAGUGCUGUGGUGCCUCGCUGCGGAAACACUCAACAGAAGGUCUGCAAGCAAUGUCACGGUAAUCUGACAAGUGGAGAACCUCCGAGCAGUGCCGGAAGAUGGUCCCCACCAGAAAAUUACAAGAAGCGUGUCGCCGCCCUUGAGGCCAAACAGCAGGGACAGUCUGUGAAAUCUGCUGCACAUGGAGGGAGCAACAAAGCGGGUCAUCUACCAUGUAAAGGUCUAAGUAAAGAAGAUCAGAUUAUUGCUGAGCGUCUUCAAAGAUUAAAAGAGGAGACUAGACCAAAGCCAUCUCCCUCUCAGAGUGAUCUUGAGUCUCGUCUCGCUGCUCUCAAAGCACCCAGCCAGCCAGUGCCUUCCAUAGAGGAAAUGGAGGACCGUCUGGCUGCUCUACGGGGUCAACCACCACCAUCUCAAGCUCCUCCUCCUGUUCACCAGCUUCCUGAUAAACGGACUCAGACUGAACAAGCUAAUGAUUUGAUUACUCAGAUGACAGAGGAAGUUUGCAUUGACAACCAGCAGUUAAACCAUGAACAAAACAUAAAUAGCCAUAUGAAUGAUCUGAACAAAGGGGAAGGUGCCACAUGGGAUGAGAACUUAGAGGAAAAUCGGCAGACGGUGAAACAUUUGGAGGCGGACAAAGACCGUCUUCUCGAGGAGGCAAUGCAGGAGCUGAGGCAGGAGCAACAUUCCCAAGAGCAGGUCCUCCAUAUGGCAAAGAGGCUGGCGCAGCUCAAGGGGCAGGACCCAGAAAAAGUCACAAUGGAGGACUUCCAGAGUCCUGACAGUGAUGAAGAGACUGAAGAAGAGGCUGUGAGGAGAAUCUUGAAGCAGCUUUCAGAAGAGGCAGCUCUUGAUGAAGCUAGUGGCUACAAUAUACCCAUGGAGCAGAGUGGCCCCAGGAACACAGAAAACAAAAAAAAGUCUAAAAAAUCAAGUUCGGCUCCUGCUCCUAAGAGCAGAAUCUCACCUGCUGCUGUCAUGCAUCAGUCAUCAGACAGUGAAGAAGAAGAGCUUCCAUGGUGCUGCAUCUGUAAUCAAGACGCCAGCCUUCGUUGUCACACGUGUGACGGAAGCCUGUACUGCAACCGCUGCUUCCGGGAAGGCCACGAUAAAUAUGACAGAAUGGAGCAUCAAACUACCAAAUACACAGCGCCAAAGACAAAAAAGAAGACGUGAUAGUGAAACUGCUAUCUUGUUUGUCUCAUCAGGCGCUGUUGUUUCAUGACUCUCUAGUCUUUAAAGUGUCCUAUUAAUGUUGCUAAAGUAGAACCUUAAAAAUGUAGACACUACAUUUAAAUAACGCAAGGCAGAUCUCACUUUAACCCAUCAAUUUGGAGCUCUUUGCAGGAAGAGCUUUGCAUACUUUCUGUGCUUUCUGAAACCUGGUUUAACCUCAGCAAUAUAUUUAAUAGGUACCAGAAAAACCCACACCAACCUCAUCCAAAAACAGCUCGGAGUGUAGAGAGUAAAAGUAUGUUCACUAUUGUGCCAUGACCACAAAGCAACUACAAAGAGCGAAAAAUAAAAGCUGUCAAACUGAUUUCUUUCAUCA